AUGUUCAUCUAUAACAUCCACUCUCCAUCAAAGACAUUUGCACUGGCUGCCAAGGAGAAUGAGGAUUGUAUCACACUCAUCGAGCGCAUCAUCGCAAAGGCACGCCUGUCGCCCCACGACGCCGACGCCGUGCGCCACCGUGUUGACGGCGCAGGCGUGGUCUACGAGUUUGAGGAUGACGACCUUGCGAUCGUGACUGCGCGUUUCCGCUCCGACUCUGAAACCAACCCCACACCGAGCAUCACGCUGCAUGUUGUGCAGCCAUCGUCACUAGACCCAAUGGGGUCGAACGGCAUCGUGGCCCCACCAGCAUACCGCACACCGAGCACGGCAACGGUCAGGGCCCAGGCCCGGCGGACUUCGCACGCCGGCUCGGUGGCGGGAUCCGUCGCGCGUUCCCACUCGGCCCGGCAGGUGGCAAACGACAGCGUGGUGGCGAGCACGACGCUGUGUAUUCCGAACGCAGAAAAGAACCCCGCGCGCUCAGCCGGCGCACGCAGCGUGCGCUCGAUGCGGUCGACCACAUCUCGGCGAUCAAAGUGGGGCGACGACAACGCCGAGCCGCUCGGCGACGUGAAGCGGCGCCAGUUUGAGGAGUUUCACGCCAACAAUGGCGUACGCACCGUCGUUGGCAAGGUCGGGAAUGUUGACAAUGUCCGCAUGCUCCUCAAGGCGGGGUACCGCAAUAUCUACCUCUCACGCGCGUUUGCCGUACGCCACGGUCUCUUGUCAAAGAAGCACGGACCGGGUAUGGGCGGAUACACGGGGCUCAAGAUCCUCGGAAACGUUCCCAUUACUGUUGGCAGCCGGACAGCAGUGCACAAUGUCAUGCUGUCCGAGGAACAGCACUUUGAUGUUGUGCUGGGUCGGCAGUGGGUCGAGAAGAUGGUCAUCAAGGUCGACCCACUGGAUCCAACGCUCCUCACGUACAUGGACACGGGAGAAACGAUUCCGUGCGACCUCGUCGUGCUGCGCGAUGCACACGGCGAGAUCAUCACGAUUACCUAG